UCGACGUCUCUGUUCAAGUUUGACGACGCCAUGUUACCAUGCAAGCAUCGCGAUACUUUCCCGUGAGCAGUUCGCCCAUGCGUUAUACGCCGGGAAACCCCGUCUCGCCUUCCUUUCCCAACAUGGCACCGAAGGCGAAGAAGGAAGCUGUCCCUGCAAAGACUGAGGCCAAAUCAAAGGCCCUGAAGGCCAAGAAAGCCGUGCUCAAAGGCGUCCACAGCCAGAAGAAGAAGAAGAUUAGGACUUCUCCUACCUUCCGUCGCCCCAAGACGCUUCACCUGCGAAGGCAGCCCAAGUACCCUCGCAAGAGUGCCCCUCGCAGGAACAAGCUGGAUCACUAUGCCAUCAUCAAGUACCCCCUGACGACAGAGUCGGCCAUGAAGAAAAUCGAGGACAAUAACACCCUGGUCUUCAUCGUGGACGUCAAGGCCAACAAACAUCAGAUCAAACACGCGGUCAGGAAGUUGUACGACAUCGACGUCUCCAAAGUCAACACCCUCAUCAGGCCAGAUGGUGAGAAGAAGGCGUACGUCCGUCUUGCACCAGAUUAUGAUGCGCUGGAUGUUGCAAACAAGAUUGGAAUCAUCUAAACUGCUGGGAGAGACGUGUGGGUGAAUAAAUAUUUGUAUAAACUCA